AUGAGCACCAACGCCAGUGGCCGAAUUCAGCGUGGCCGGGCUUGCCUACCAUGUCACCUAAGGAAGAAGAAGUGCGAUGGAGAGCAGCCUUCAUGCAGUGGUUGCGUUCGCUCUCACAUUCAGUGCGAAUAUGCCCCCACAUCCACCGCACCAGAUACAGCACCCACUGGUCAAAGUCGAAUCCAAACUCUGCAAACUCGUGUACAGGAGCUCGAGACCGUGUUGAACAACAUGAGCGUACAUACUUCUCAGCCGAGUAGUCAAGCAUCAACUCCUAGUUCUCCUUUGAUCGAUCCCAAUUCCGGGGAGGUGGCGGACUGGUUGCAGGAUAUAUUGUCACCUCCACGGCCUCUGUUACAUGCCAUGAAUCUCGUAGCGUGUCACAUCCUCAGCUUGUCGGCAAACUCAGACACUCGCCCAACACUCCAGGAGUUAGAAGAACUCAAAUGUGCAUUAUUAAAGCGAAUCCACAGUGGUGUCCACAUGUCCCUCGAAGGUGCACGCGAUCUCAUUGCUGGAGUAGUUUGUGCUCCUGCACUUGCCGCACAGUACUUGCUUCAGGUUGGCAAGUUCGCGGAAGCCCACUGGCUCGUCAGUAGCGCUAUCAGAUUCGCGGUAUCAUGCGGGCUCCAUACUAUUGCAGCUCAUCGCUGGGCUAAUGAUAGUGACAGUGGUAGCCCGGGAAGUACAAGCUCUGGCUCAGGGAGUACAUUCCUAGUACCAGCUGGCAGUAUCCGGGAGCACUAUGACCGAUGCAUGUCCUGGUGGUUAGCGUUUGCUAGCAAUGAAAUGGUAGAAAUAGCCACCAAAUUACCUUCUGCUUUAAGACCCGAGUUGCGGGCUUGCAUUGGGGAUACGGAAUCUGGAUUAGAGAGGGCCAGGGGCCUUAUUACCUCGUUUCCGCUUACCGAAGAUUCUUAUGAGCGAAACUCUCCCCAAUUAGACACCAUAGGUCUCAAUAUCGGCGAACUGCUCCUAGGGAGUCGUAGCAUUACUCAAGACUCCAGUAUGAACUCUAUUUUCGCGAUGCGUUUGAAAAGCAUGUCGUUUUUUGGAGUCGCAGCGUUGCUGUAUGACGACUCUCGCACUAGCCAGUCACUCGGAGGUGACAUAUUUCAGCGCGUCGACCAAAGUAUCUCGAGGUUCAUCGAAAGGCUUCCUAGUUUAUCAUACCAAGAGUCCACAUCACCUACGGACAAUGGUCCUACCAACCCCAGCAUGAUAGUAGUCUAUAUGCUAGCAUAUUCGGCCAAGAUCCGUUUACUUGACGCCAAUAUUAUUCCUAACUCCUCCCAAGAUCGCCUAGCUGCAGCGUUGUCGAUGGGCCACCUGGCUGCUGCAUUCAAUACUAUACCACAUUUCAGCAUGACUCCGCUCGUAAUUAGAUGUUGCUCAGAAGCACUCAAUAUUAUUAGUCCCCCCAAUAGUGACCACGACAUGGAAUUGCCAGAGGCCAGUGCCCUACGCUUGUUAAUCGAUUCACUGGACUGCUAA